AUGAGCGCAGACUCCUCGAGACAAUCCCUGCAGCUAGCAACGCCGGAUGCCUCGCCCGUCGCAUCGCCUCGCGAGCUUGCAUUGCCCGUCGAUGUCAAGCUCGACAAGACACUUGAUCUCGGCCCAGAGAAUGCAAGCGACACUCAUCGUCGGGCCAGUCCCUUCAGAGCACGCAAGGCCUCCCUUUCGAAUGAGACAGACUUGAUCGAUAUGCCCGUACUGGCUCACCGAGCCACUCAGGCCGGCGGAGGCGACAUAGACGUCGAGGCUCGCGCUUCAGUCCAUCCCAUACGAGCAGGCAUGAUCAGGGGCAACAGUACUGCCACACAUGAUCCCUUCAAGAUGCGCGCCUCUAUCAAAGGUCAGGAGGUCAUCGACGAUUUCAAGCGCACCGCCUAUGGCUCUCCUCUCGCUGCCGGCCAAGACAAGACGCGCGUCGUUGCGGGCAACCUCGUCUCAUCCAGACAAGGUGCUCCGAGCGUGACGCCAUCCUGGAGACUCGGACUCGGCCUCCUGCGCAGUCGCGGCCGACGAUACAAGAAGAUUGGCGAUUUCUACGAGGGACAGAACAGACAAAUCGACAUUCUGCUCAAGCCUUUGCACUGGCACCGAGACGAAGAGCGGCAGCGCGAGGAGGACAACCGGUUGAAAGUCAAGAUCGCCAUUUACGCUUCCCUGGUGGCCAACUGUGUGCUCGCAAUCAUACAAGUCUACGCGGCAGUCUCAUCACUCUCCUUAUCAUUCUUUGCGACGGCCAUCGACGCCGUCUUUGACCCUGCCGCCAACUUUGUACUCAAUUGGGUGCAUCGGAAAGCGGUUCGUGCAGAUCCUGUCAAGUACCCUAUCGGUGGCGCGCGGAUAGCGGUCAUCGGCAACAUCAUCUUUGCCGUGGUGAUGGGCACAGCGAGCGUCAUCCUGAUUGUGGAAUCCAUCCAAUCCCUUGCUACCAGCAAUGGCGAGGAUGAACGGUUUCACGUGCCCGCCGUCGUGGCAGUCUCCGUCGCGCUGAUCACCAAGAUCAUUCUAGCUGCCUAUUGUUAUACGCUGCGGGACAUGUCCAUACAAGUGCACGUCCUCUGGGAAGACCACCGCAAUGAUACGAUCAUCAAUCUCCUCGGUCUCGCGACGAGCUCGGCCGGUUCAAAGCUAGACUGGCACAUCGAUCCGAGUGGGGCUAUUGUGAUCUCGUGCCUGCUCAUCUAUCUCUGGGGAUCUACGUGCGCCAAACACUUCAUUCAGCUUGCCGGUAGAGCCGCGCCCGAGGACUUUUCUCAGCUCGUGACAUAUCACUGCGUGACGUUCUCUGAUAAGAUACUCAAGAUUGAUUCGGUCAAAUGCUACUGCAACGCAGAGGACUAUGUCGUCGAGGUAGACAUCGUGCUCGAUCCUCUCACGCCGCUCUGGGAAGCGCAUGAUCUGUCACAAGACCUGCAAGACCAGCUCGAGACACUGCCCAGCUGUUCACGAGCAUACGUGCAUGUCGAUCAUGAAGUCGACCACAAGCCAGAGCAUCGCAAACAAGACUAG